AUGGACGUCGCUGCGUCGUACAAUCAGCGGCUGCCCUGGCCCGCGGUUAUGGACGUCUCGCCCGAGGACAGGCCCGUCGCCAUCCGCACGUCGUCCAUGGGAAGCACGCCGCUCGACACGCACGCAAAGCGGCUGCGCAGCGAGGCGGAGCUCGACUCGUGCCCGCUGCACGAGCCCGACGAGCCCCCGCUGAAGCGGAUGGAGUUCACGCCGUGUCACUCGCCCACGCGCGCCGAGCAGACGCCGCCCGAGGACAUGGCCAGCGUCAUGCCGCCGAGACGGCUCGCCAGCGUCGGCUUUGGCACGCCCAUCUCGGGCCACCCCAUCUGCUGCCCGCUCGAGUCGCACGCCGGCGCCGCAGCCGUCGCGCUCGUCGUCACGCCGAACCACUUGACGGCCCUCACGCACGACCACGUGGCCGAGCGGUCGAUCUGCGCCGAGGAGGCCGACCGCGUCGAGCGGGCGGGCGCCUCGAACGUGCCCGGCAGCGUGCGGGUGGGAGAGCACGACUUGCCGAUGACACGCGCGUUUGGCAACUUGCGGCUCAAAGUGGCUGCAGGCAGAGACUGGACGCAGGAGGCGGCCAAUGCGCAGGUCGUGACGGCGCUGCCGGACGUGUCCGUCUUUGCGCGCGGUCCGGACGAUCUCGCCGUCGUGGUCGCCUCGGACGGGCUCUUCGGCGAGGUGCUCUCGUCCGAGCACGUUGCCGAGUACACCCGCGCCGCCCUGCAAGAGAACGCUGCGACGGGCGACGCAGAGGGCAUGGCUGCGCGCAGGCUGGUGGAGCGCGCCAUCCACCACCAGUCGUCGGACAACGUCUCGGUCGUCGUCGUCUCGCUCGAACCUUCCGAGGGCUCGGCGGCGUCGCCGGACCUCGCGCAGGAGAGUCCGGACUUGCUGCGCGAGGACUCGACGGCGACGCAGUCUUUCUCGCCCGGCCGGCGCGUCGCGUCUAGCGAAGCCUAUCCGGAGGAAGUGCGGGCGAGACGCUCGCUGUCCCCCGAGGAGGAGCGAUCGUGA